UUUGACAGCCUCUAAUUUACUCACAAGCGUGCACAACACCGACUUUUCGAAUUUCGAACAAUUAGCGCCACUUCAUCCUCCUCUGCGCAUCCAUCAUAUGUCCAAAAUACUCCCAGCAUCACAAAAAACGCGCAAGUACGAUCAACAAUAUACGGACCAUGACAUCAAUCUUCCCGUCUCUCCCUCUAGAGCUCCGAAACAAAAUCUACGACUACAUUCUCUACGACCAUGACUUCAUAACCCACGGCCUCCCAUCCCUCUACAAGACGAAGCUGAACCUCACGCAAGAACUUUACUCCUACCGCAAAUUCAUGAUUCCUUUUGUCAUCACGCAGCACAGUCUGUCAUGGUUUGGUUGCUAUACUGCAUUCGGAGAGCCAGCACUAAAAAGAGGUUCUUGCGAGUUAUGGCUUCCAUCGGGUCUUCUUGAUAAGUGCGAGAGAUUCAGGAAGGUUGCAGGGAGGAAGGGGUUAGUUGUUCGGUGUUUGUCUAUUGUGUGGUGCUCGUGGGAUGAGGAUGAGGAGAGGCUAUUGAAUUGGCUGCUAGACGGAAUCGCGCAGACUUUUGGGGCCAAAGGUGUUGAGACGGAUACGAGAUAUGUCAUAGCAGGACAUUUGGAUCUAUAUCGGACGGAUGAAGACUUCUGAGAAGUGCAAGCAGAAUCGAUUCGUCAGGGAAAUACUGGUACGUGAAUCUUGUCAACGUCUCGCUAGCUAUGCUAACG